GGCCCGGCUGGGCGGCGGCGGCGGGACUAGAGGAGAAGGAGGCGGCGGAGGUGGAGGUGGAGGGGGACGAGCCGCCUGCAGCCGGGAGAGCAGUCGCGGGGAGAGCGAGCCCCCGGCGCCGAGUCUCAUGGAGAACUGCUGUUGAGGAGAGAUCCAUUUGUUGGGAUGCAAUAAAAAAAAAAGAAUAAAUCAAGAUAAAACUGCUAAAUUCAAGUACCAGGAAAAUUACAACACAUCUCAGUGAAUUUGCAAGUGUUCUGAAUGGAACUGAAAGAUUAAAAGAAAGAAGAUACGUGAAGUUAAUGAUACUGAUCGUGUUGAGAGACAGAGACUUCUGUCAUUUCUUUUAGCACUUGAUAAUUGGCAAGAUUGUAAAAAUAAACAUUCUUUUUAAUGUUUCUCUUUUUUAGGUUCAUCUUUGCUUGUGGAUUGGUAGGCAGUCACAGGGCUGCAGAAUGGGUCUCCGGAUUCACUUUGUUGUUGACCCACAUGGUUGGUGCUGCAUGGGUUUGAUUGUCUUUGUCUGGUUAUACAACUUUUUUUUAAUUCCCAAAAUUGUCCUCUUUCCUCACUAUGAAGAAGGACAUAUUCCAGGCAUAUUAAUAAUAAUAUUCUAUGGCAUUGCCAUGUUUUGUCUGGUUGCUUUAGUGAGGGCCUCAAUAACUGAUCCAGGAAGACUCCCUGAGAACCCAAAGAUCCCACAUGGAGAAAGGGAGUUCUGGGAAUUGUGUAACAAGUGUAAUUUGAUGAGACCGAAGCGUUCCCAUCACUGCAGUCGCUGCGGCCACUGUGUUAGGAGAAUGGAUCAUCACUGUCCAUGGAUUAACAAUUGUGUUGGUGAAGAUAACCAUUGGCUUUUUCUGCAGUUGUGUUUCUACACUGAACUUCUUACUUGCUACGCACUGAUGUUUUCUUUCUGCCACUAUUAUUACUUUCUUCCGCUAAAAAAGCGUAAUUUGGACCUCUUUGUUGUUAGACAUGAAUUGGCCAUAAUGAGACUAGCUGCCUUUAUGGGCAUUACAAUGUUAGUUGGAAUAACUGGACUGUUUUAUACUCAACUAAUUGGCAUCAUCACAGAUACAACAUCUAUUGAAAAGAUGUCAAACUGUUGUGAAGAAAUAUCGAGGCCCCGAAAGCCAUGGCAGCAGACCUUCUCAGAAGUUUUUGGCACUCGUUGGAAGAUCCUGUGGUUUAUUCCUUUCAGGCGGAGGCAACCACUGCGAGUUCCCUACCACUUUGCCAAUCACGUCUAAACAGAUGGAUGGUGGGCACAGAUGGGUACUCCAUGCUGGAAAUGCGUUACAGGUUUUCUGAUAAUAGAACUAUGACAGUCUUCAAGUCAAUUAAAAUCCACCCACCAAUCUUAAGCAUCAUAAUGUGCCCCAGGCUUUAUUUUAAUAGUGAUCUUGAUCCUGUUGUGGGACUAAUACAAGAUCUAUAUUUAAGUUUUAAAGCAUGUUUACUUUCAAAUUAGCUUUCCACAGGGAUUUCUUUAAAUGCUUUUGUUAUUAAACUCAAAAGGCACUGAUUGGGAUGAAAUAAUUGUACAUAAUUUCUUUUAGUACUAACAGUGUUACAGGUUUCAAUUUAUGGGAAACUUCAGAUGUUUAUUUAAAAUUUUCACUCUUAAGCAGUACUAACCAAAUCUGAAUUUAAUUCUUCACAUUUUACAAAAGUUGAUAUACCUUUUAUGUAAAUUUUCUUUUUCAAAUACAAUUUAAAAUAUGAUAUACUCCCUUUUAUAUGUGUUGCGAGAUUUUUUUUAAAUGCAGCAUAUAAGGUUGAACAGCAACAAAAACCAAAAGCAGCAACACAAAAAAAGGACUGUGUUUUCUUAGAAGUAGCUUUCUGAUUUUUUUUCUCUUCACCAAAAACUAAAUAAAAACACCACUAAAGUAAAAUACCAACUACCUACCUUAUUUUAAAAGAAAAAUUAAUUUUUUCCACAUUAACUUUCCCAUUUCUUCUCCCUCUACUGUUGUAAUUAUUGGUUUUUGUUGAGAUAUUUGCUCUGAGGAAGAAUUUUUGACUAAACAGACGUGUUCCUAUUUUACCCUAAGAUUUUGAUGAGCAAAAGCAUAAAGAAUUUGCAAUAAUUCCACUGAUACCUUUUUUCGUGUAGUUAUAUUAGAAUGUGUUAUGUUUUUUAAAUGCUUGUAAACUAGAUAACAUGUAAUGUAUAGUAUAAAGAGGAGUAUUGUGCUUUUGAAAAAAUGUAUACUUUUGACUUUUGUUUACCUAUUAGAUCUAAAUGACACCUUUAAGAUUUUCAUGUAAUAAAUAUUGACCAACUAAUAUUGAAAUUUUAUUUAUAGAAAGUUACUAGUAAAAGUAAGUAACUUUUGUGUACCUGUAAUCACCCAAAUUGAAAUUAAAUUUUAAUUGCCCAGCUGUAAUCUGGAUGGAGAGACCUUUCGUCAUAGCUAAUGUUAGGAAAUGACCUAAAAAUAAGAAAGUAUAGUGAUCUGUAUUCAUGAUUAGCCUUAUAAAAAUUUGAAUUGCUGAUAGUGAUGGUCUCUUGGAAAGUAUAGAACAUUUGUAUGAAAAAAAUAUUUAGCAUGUUUUGAAAAAAAAUUCAGUUAACAUUUUUUUUUUCCAUUAGAAUACUGCAAAAUCCAUGUAUCUUUUCUAAAGAAAUUAUGUAUUCAGUCUUUCUCUUGAAGAGAGGAUUGAAGGGGUGUCUAGUGUUCUUGGAGCAUAGCAGUAUUUCCUUUUUAGUUAAUUUUGAUAGCAAGGAGUCAUACCUGAGAAAUCAUGAAACAGAAGGUUAACCAUUGUCAGCAAGUUAACUGGAUUGUGUUUAGUUUUUAGAAACUGUAAAUAAUCUUCUAAAGUAAUAGAAUAAGGUCUUCUCAGAGAAAUAAGUACCAUGUCUCUCAUGUUCUGAUUACAAUGCUUUAUUAUGUAAAAACCUAGACAUGGCAGAUAAAAAUAUUUAUUGGUGCUGAUAAGUUGCAUAGUAAAUUUAAUAUAAGAAAUAUAUUUAUAGAGCUUAAUGAACCACAAAAUUAGUAUAUUCAUGCCAGGCAAAUAAAUGGGUAGGGUUUUGUGCAAGCUAACAUAUUAACCAAAUUUGGCCUAGUGACAGAAGUUAUAAGGAGUGUAGAUAAUGUAGAUAGAUAUCAGUCAAAUGCCUUAUGCUGUAUACAUUCCUUUCAAAUGAGGACCUUGAGCAAACAGCAUAGCCAAGUGAGGACUCCUAAAGAGCUUUAUGGAUGUAUUUAUACUUCAUGUAGUAGCAGUAGCUACCUUGAAAGGUAGUGGGGAGGUCAGUGCCAACCUCUGCCUCGGUGAUGAGAACCAGAGGUGGUCUCUUUCCUCAUCUAAGAGUCUCUGUUUCUGGCUUUCUUAGAUUGCCCAAUUAUAGGGCACAUUCUUUUCGCUUCUUUCUCUUUACUUUCCCUGAUCCUGAUCCCACUGUAGCUGAUUCUUCUAAGUUACUGAAAUACAGACCAAUACGCUAGGCAAGGCAUAUAUUUAUUUUUCUUUGAAUGGCAAAAAUGCUACAUAUCAAUAUAUUUAUAUAAGAGUCUAUAUAAAGUAUAGCUAUAUAUACUUAUGUUGUAACUUUAAGUAUUUUCAAGUUAGCACACCUAACUGGGUUUUGUGAUUCUUGGUAGACCACGUGAGAGAAGCCCCCUGGCACUUUGCUAGGGCGUGCAUGAACUCUGGCGUUCUCUCUACGCCCUCUUUUGGCUAAUUGAUGUAAUUAUACUGGCUUUAGAGACUUAUUGCCCCACAAGUGAAUUGUAUAGUCAAAUUCUGAACAUAUCAAAGGUACAAAUUUAAGGGAAGUCUAUGUAAAAAAUUUAAGGUUUUAUGAACAUUAAUGUGUUCCUAUUUAUGAUUUUGAUGUCUAGUUCAUACAGGUAUGACCUCUUUUCCUCAUUUAUGUGUAUUCAUAUUGUAUUUUUUUUUACUGUCAGAUUUAUAUCAGAUGAGGAUAAAUACACAUGAAACCAUUUCAGGAAUUUUAUUUUGAACCUUAUUUUGGCAAAUUAAGCCUUAGAAUUGAAAAAACUAUUACCUUAAAAUUACCAACUUACUACAAAACAAAUUUAUUGUAGUUAAAAUAGCAAGCGUCUAGUGUGUUUUACUGAAUAUAUAAAAAAAUACAUUUAGUUUUUAAUCCUAGUUUUGGAAUGAAUUUUUUUUACUGAUUCAAUUGCAUUAAAAUAAUGAGAUUACUAAUUCUUUCUAUAAUUUUCUUCAUUCCUUUUAAUUAUCCUACUGUGAGUUAGAACUGUACCUUUAGUAGCUGAUUUAUUAUGUAUUCUGGAUAACCUUGAAAAUAACUAAUGAUGUUGAACAUUAGAAAAAUAAUUAUGAGCAAUGAGAUUAUUGAUGUAAUCUAUUUAUUGGAUGAAAUAUUUCCUUAUAAACAUUCCAUUUCAUUUUAAGUGAAAUGUAUGUUAAAGGAUGUUUUAUGUCAGCAAAGUCAUUAAUUGGGCUUCUGGAAAUGAAAGAUUUUUAAGUAGUUAUUAGAAUUUACACCUCUUGAACAAUUAUGUUUGUUGCUGUUUAUUUCUGCAAACAAAAAUAUUUUCUAGGCUCAAGAUUGUGGGCAAAAAUUGACUGAGUUCAAAAAUUUAAAAAUAUUAAAUCAGCUGACGUUCCACUGUAAGAAAAAUAACUAUUUUGCUUAAGAAUUGUAUUAAAAAUAUUUGUGGUUAACUUAAGAAAUAGGUAUAUUUAAAAUAGUAAUAUAUUAAUCUCUUUGAGCAGAAGAAAGCAUAGUUUUAAAUAAUAGAAAUAGAAAACAUAAGCAUAGAUAAAGUUUAGUGUAACAGCUAAGUUAAAAUUUCUGUCAGAAUGGGCAUUAGUGAUUGUUUGCUAAAGCUUAGGAGUAUUUUUCUCUAGGACGGUGGCUAAUUAUAACUAUUCUUUAUUGGGCUUUUUCAGGCCACUUUUGUACAAAUAAUAAAUUGAAGGUAUGUCUCACCCCAAAGGGUGUUUUGAUGCUAAUCAGGAAGACUUGCGUUAGGAGAACACCUCCACCCAAGAUGUAUGAAGUAAUUUUGAUUUUUAACCAUGUAGCUUUCUAUGUGUUAGAUGAUGGAGUGGUUUGAAUGUUCUCACUUAUGUUGGUAUAAAAUCACAAUAUAUGCAGCUGUAGUUUACAGAAGCAUUAAUAUUAACAGAGCUGCUAGUCUCCCUGGACUUUUCUCUAGUGUCUACUUCCCUUAGUGCUUCUUGUGUGAAUAGACUACUUAGCUCAAGUUUACUGAACUAUUGCUGCUUUACUAAAUAAGUUUUUGACAUGACCUCUAUAUGUGUAGAUAUAUCUAGAAUUUAUUUGGUACAAUUUAUACUUAUAAACAUUCAAUAAUUUAUUAAUAGAUAUGAGAUUUUUUUACCCAAUUCUCCUACUGUUGCUUUAAAAAAAAAAAGUAUUAGCAAAUGUAGUUAGUAAGUCAUGCACAUUUAGUAUGUUCUACUUGCUAGUAUUAGUAGCCAUAAAACUAAUAAAUGAAUGAAUGUAGUAUUUAAUGUCCACAUUUAUUACUUUAGAUCCUAAGAAUCCUCUGAAUUUCUCUGUAAAUCACUAAUUUCAUUGAACUCUGAAUUUAGCCAUUCUCAACUGAAUCCUAGAAUAUUCUUCAGUAGAACAUGAAAAAGUAAUAGAAUCAACUUGCUUGAAGUACUUUGAAUCAAUGUUGUUGUUGUGUCUAUCAGUCAAUAUUUAACAUUUCUGCUGUGUUGGGGAUGGUGAUGGUUUAACUUCAGGAAAGUUUUCUCUUAUGUCUCCUUUCAUUAUCAUUGUGUAAUUUUUAACAACUAAAUUUAGUGCAUUUUUGUCUGUUCUUCAGAUGUUAUCGUAUACUGCCUGCUAGUGCUAUUUUGAAACAGAAAUAGUAGUGAUCUUUAUUCUUACGUUUUUGGUGUUUUCCACUAUCAUUAAUUUUUUUUUUUUUUUUGCUGUAUUAUUUCCUUUUUCCUUUUUCUACCAUAGAGUACAGGUAUAAAUGAGGAGUGAGUAGCCAAAACUGGAUAAAGAGAGUAGGGGAACAUAAUGAGAUAGAGAGAAGGCUAGACAGACGAUGUAUAAUCAGCAUCUUAACAGCAGGGUUUACUGGACACAGAAUUUCCCUGCUGCAAUCACUUCAGCCUUAGCUCUUGUUGAUACCGUUUACUGUUAGAGUUGUUAAUGCACGUAAGCAUUUCGUUUGAGUUAUUUUACCUAAGGAGUUUAUAUUGCUGAUUCUUGUCAGCUAGUCAGAUGCCUUUGAGAAAUUCUUUUUAAUUUUAAACAUCAUAAUUGUAUAGUGUCUGCUGUCAGGAAGUUUCAAGAAUUAUGCGGUAGUACAGCUAUUUAAUGCCAAGGAGAAGUGAAUAGGUUGCCUAAAGUUUGACUGAAAAAACUAGGACCUUUUCAUAAGUCUCCUAUUAUGGAGAGAGGAUACUAUGUAUUAAAGUAGAAUUUGUCACCAGAGAGAAAAUCAACUGUUUGUAUAUGAAGGGUGAUUUUUCACUCUAAAUUUUGGACUGUUUCAGAUAUUUUGAGAUCUUGAGGGUCUCCAUAGCUAUUGGUAUUGUGAAUUCCUGUAACGUGUAAUAUGGUGCCUACCACAGUCGUGCACACUUCUGAUCUUUUUGGUAUUGAUAGCUUUAUAUAUAAACAGAGAUGUGGACAAAACAGUAGCAACAAAAGGUGUGUUUCUUUUUGUGGCUUUGCUUGUCUGUUGACUAAGUACAGGGUUAUUUGUGUAGGCUGUUAACUAAAGGGAAAGCUUGUCUGCAUAUUGCAAGCUCAUUCUUGCCAGUAUGUGUUGGGUGAUGUUUGCACUACUGGUGCCUGAAGUUAGUGUUUUACAACCUCAAUAACUAAAACAUCCUGGUGCUACUCACUUUAGCCUUGAGUGACAUUUUUAACUCCCGUACCAAAGAGUUAAUUUUCUUUUCAGUUCCCAGAGGGUUCUCUUCUCACAUCCUUGUGUUUAUAAAGGAGAAUUUGAUGUUACUAAGAACAGUUCUGAUUAAUAGAUGUUAGUUUUUGCACACUGCUGCCUCAAUUUAGUUGGCUUUAAAUGUCUCUCAUUUGGACUUUCUAACUUUUUAGUUAGGAAGAUUAGUAUGAUGUUUAAUUUUGUAUUUUCAUAUAGAUUGGCCACUUUAAAAAGUAGUUUGGUAGGUUGAACUUACAAAAGCUAAUUGAAACACUUUUCACAAGAUUUUUUUUUUUUAAUCUGCAGGAAUAAAUGAGAAAUAAUAAGAACUCCACUCUUCCUACAAAUGAACUGUAUGGCUUGUUGGGCCCUUUUAAUCAAUUCUGAAGCAAAAUGCUAAAAGGAAAAGUUAAAGGCCCAUUCUGAUAACAGAUGAAGUUUUCUGCAUCUGUGUGUGUAUUAGUGGUAUUAAAGAAUGAUAUUGCCAUUUUUCUAUUUUGCAAAUAAAGAUAAAAUCAAAGGAAAUGUUAAAAUAUACACAUAUAUAUGUGUGUACACACAUGCACACAAGCACACAUAUGCUUGUCUAAGAGGAAACGCAAAACUUUCAUUUAAACAAAACUAAUAGGAAAUUGAACUUUAUGUCCCCCCAAAAAACCUAGAAAAUCCCUUCACGUAAGUUAUAGUUGAGUAUUUUAAAAACUAAUUCUGCUUAGUGAUUCAUUUUGUGAAAAAUGAAAGAAAACACCCUUUAGAAGUAGUUGUAACCGUCCAGUGUAAUACUGUUAUGCUUACUAUCCUGUUUUCCCUGUUUUUUUCCCCACAAACCUUUAAAGCAUUCAUUUAGUGUCCUUGAAAAAUGUAGCUGAAUUGAUUAAAAAUUCUGGCAAGAAGAUAACUGAGUGUGUGUAUUGGAAAAGUAGACAAUCACAUUUGAGAAUGCUCUGCAUAGUUUUCAAUCAACUAAAAUCGUUCUGUCUUUGAAUGUAGAUAUAAUAUAUGGUUUUGCAGUGAAUUCUGAAUGGAAAAAAAUCAUGCCUGAAACUAAUGUGAGAUGUGACUUAGGAUCACGUGAAUGGCAUAUUGAAAUACAAAUGUACAUAUUAUUAGGGGGAAAGACAAAAUUUAAAAGCAAACUGGGAAGAAACAACAUUGUCUCUAAUUAUCCAAAUAUAUUUUUAGGUCUUGUUGCUGCAGUAUCAGUUCUGAGUUACUCAGAUUAGAUUAUUUAUGUGUCACUUAAUUUAAUGUGGCUAAAUGCAGUCAUUUAUUUAAAUUGUUGGGUAGUAGAAGAUUCGCAACUGUUGUCCUCUAGAGUAUUAAAAAGAAAUGUCUGCUUUAGCAUAGGUAGAAUAAAGUGACUAAAUGAAAUCAUAGGAAGAAUUUUCUCUACAACUGGAGAUACUCAGGCAAAUGAGUUGUAAGUUUAACCUGAGGGAAUAAAAUAGACUUUUGAAGGAACUGAGUGUAGAUGAUCUUGCUUGUAUGGGCUUUGUGUCCCUAGAAUUAAUCUUUUAAAAUGUGACUGGCAAGUUUAAUGAAUUGGAAAAAUUUGUGAUAUUUUGAGGCUCUUAAAAUUUUGUGUCAACUUCAAGUGAUGUUUAAUAUUAUAUCCUCCCUAAAAUAAAAGACUUUUCUUUUGAUAGUGGUAUGUUCCAAGCGCCAUGUGACGAUUCUGUUCUUAGAUUUGUUGGGCAUUUUUACAUUCAGUGCAUCUGUUUAAAUCUGAGUGUUAUUCUGCUGCAUGUCUGCUGUGUUAACUUGUCAGUUCCCCUAACAACAUUUAAAGAAAUAUUGUCACUGAUGUUUCUUGUGCUAAAGGUAAUAAAGAAAAUAGUAGUUGAGGGAUAUGAAACUAGAUUGAGAAGAGGGAGGAAAAUGAUAAGUGGGAGCCAUGUAUCCGAGAUACACUUGUUGAAAUGAAAAGUCUACACUGGUUUUUGAAUGAAAAACAAACCAUGUAUCUACCUUAAGAAUGAUGUUUUGUUUUGUUUUUAAUUUAUUUUGCUUAGUUUUAUUCAUGUAAUAUUUCUGUUUUCUUUGCAGAUUGUUUUUUAAUUUAAAUUGUGAAGUUUUUACUUCUCUCAAAAUGUAUUAUGUACUGUAUUUUUAGAUAUCUUAUUUUUAAAUAAAUAUUUUUUAAAAACA